GUUGACUUCCUACCCACCGUGAAGGCUGCAAUCAGAGUGAAACAAGUUAUGUCAACUAAAUUGUCGUAACUCUUUCUCACAGUAAUCAUCUCCCAUUGCUUUCACACUUCUUAAGCAACGCGUCUAUAUCUCUUCCUUCACGCCUUUGAUGUGCAGAGCAAUAAUCACCACCACCUUAUUUAACACUCUCCCAACUUUCUUAGCCUCCAUAAAGAAUCUUUUUUCAAGAACACAAAAUGGACCGUAAUGGAAAAGAUGACAUCAAGGUCGAGAAUGGUUAUGAUUUGGAGGAUGAUCAUGAUCACAAAAGGAAGGACAAGAAAGAGGAACAACAAGAAGAGUUGUCAGUGGAAAGAAUAUUUGAGAAUCAAGAAGUGCCAUCAUGGAGGAAUCAGCUGACACUGAGGGCCUUUGUGGUGAGCUUCGUGUUGAGCAUUUUGUUCAGCGUCAUAGUAAUGAAGCUCAAUCUUACAACUGGUAUCAUACCGUCCCUCAAUGUCUCUGCUGGCCUUCUGGGCUUCUUUUUUAUCAAGACAUGGACAAAGUUUCUUGAAAAGUCUGGCCUUUUGAAGCAACCCUUUACCAGGCAAGAGAACACUGUUAUCCAGACUUGUGUGGUUGCAUCCUCCGGCAUUGCCUUUAAUGGAGGCUUUGGGAGUUAUAUGUUUGGAAUGAGUGAAACCGUGGCUAAACAAUCAACGGAAGAUAGUGAUGCCUUUAAGUUCUUCUCAUUCAGCUUCUUGUGGGGUUUCUUUCAAUGGUUCUACACUGCAGGAGAUGGUUGUGGAUUUGCUGAGUUCCCAUCACUCGGGCUUAAAGCAUAUGAAAACAAAUUUUUCUUUGAUUUCUCAGCAACAUAUGUUGGAGUUGGAAUGAUUUGCCCAUAUAUCAUAAACAUAUCAGUAUUGCUUGGAGGAAUUCUUUCCUGGGGUCUCAUGUGGCCUCUCAUAGAUACAAAAAAGGGUGACUGGUAUCCAGCAGACCUCAAACCAGGCAGCUUACAUGGCCUCCAAGGUUACAAGGUAUUCAUUGCCACUGCCUUGAUCUUGGGUGACGGUCUGUACAACUUCUUCAAGGUGCUAAGCCGGACACUCGUUGCCUUGUUUUCUCAACUUCGUGGGAGAAAUGCAAUUGGUGCUCUCCCUAUUGCUGACCGUUCCUCUGUCGAGAUCUCCAGCAUCUCCUAUGAUGAGCAACGCCGCAACCAAUUCUUCCUCAAAGAUCAAAUUCCAACAUGGUUUGCUGUUGCUGGUUAUGUGACAAUUGCUGCCAUCUCCACAGCCACCGUUCCGCGUAUAUUUCCCGAACUAAAAUGGUAUUACAUAUUGGUUAUCUACAUCUUUGCCCCAGCCCUUGCAUUCUGUAAUGCUUAUGGCUGUGGCCACACUGACUGGUCCCUUGCUUCCACCUAUGGAAAGCUUGCUAUUUUUAUAAUUGGAGCAUGGGCUGGUGCCUCUCAUGGUGGAGUUCUUGCAGGACUAGCAGCCUGUGGAGUCAUGAUGAAUAUUGUCUCCACAGCCUCUGACCUAUCUCAAGAUUUCAAGACUGGUUAUUUGACCCUUUCUUCACCUCGGUCCAUGUUUGUGAGCCAACUAAUUGGCACUGCAAUGGGUUGCAUUAUUUCACCUUGUGUCUUUUGGCUGUUUUUCAAGGCCUUCAAGGAUCUUGGGACUCCCGGAAGUCAAUACCCUGCUCCUUAUGCUACUGUAUUUCGAAACAUGGCAAUAUUGGGGGUAGAAGGAUUCUCGUCUCUGCCAAAGAAUUGCCUCUAUCUUUGUUAUGGGUUCUUCGGUGCAGCUAUUCUGAUAAAUUUAAUUAAGGAUGCAUUGGGUAAGAAGUGGGCUAGGUUCAUUCCCAAUCCAAUGGCGAUGGCUAUACCUUUCUAUAUUGGCUCAUACUUUGCCAUCGACAUGUGUGUGGGAAGCUUGAUUCUAUUUAUCUGGGAAAAGAUUGACAAGGCAAAGGCAGAUGCUUUUGGGCCAGCAGUGGCUUCUGGUUUGAUUUGCGGGGAUGGGAUAUGGACUUUGCCCAGUGCGAUACUUGCUCUAGUAGGAGUAAAACCUCCCAUUUGCAUGAAGUUUUUGUCAAGGGGAACAAAUGCUAAGGUCGAUGCGUUCUUAGGGUCAUAAAGUUGAAGUUCAGAUCAACUUGAAUAGAAACUGUGAAGUAAAGCUGAAUUGCUUCCUAGACUAAGGUUAUGAAGUUUACAUGUGAAGUUCGACUCAAAAAUGUUGUGGUAAUCUCCUGCUAAUCCGUAGAGCCAACAACUAUUUUCUCUGUGAUCAUUUCUGGAGAAGAAAAUCAA